GCAGUGUUCAACUUCUGUUGGCCAUCAGACAAUCAGACAACGAGACAUUGUCUCCCCCAUCAUGGCAUCCCUCGUCGUCUUUCCGCACAAGACAGAUGCCUUCUCGGCCUACCGCCCCAGCCGGAACGCCCACACCGAUAUUCUCACAGCCUCUUCGUCCGCCAGCAACGGACGCGUGGUCACCGUCAAUGUCCAGCCACCAGUGCCCAAUGUUGAUUCUUUGAGUCAGCUGAAGGCGUUAGAGGCACAGGUUCCCCUCAUUCUGAACGGGAAACCCACAGAUAUUUCGUUCAACUGCAUCUCUGCGUAUUGCCGCAACCUCGUCUUGAACUCGCAGGUGUCUAUUGCCACCGUCUACGCAACCAUCAGCCGCGAGCUGGAUGCAAGAGUUGCAGGAAUAGCGAGGGAGUGCCAAGCGGCCAUCAUGGCCAGGACUGGCGAUUGGCUCCAGUUCUUCGUGUCCAUGUGGGAGACGUACAUCGAGCGAGUGCGCCUGCUAGCGGCUCUCUUCGCGUAUUUUGACCGUGCCCAUGUCAAAGAGGGCGUAAGCUGGUCUAACAUCACCGACCUGGCCACUCACUCUUUCCGCCGGACGAUUAGGAGAAAUAAGCUGCUAAACGAGAAGACGAAGGAUGAAGUGUUCGCAGGGAUUGACCUGGAACGCGCAGAGGAAAAGAUCAACGUUGGGCUGCGCAAUCAAAUCAAGCUCAUCGUGUCGAUCGAUAGCCCCUCGGAUGGGAUCUCUACGCUCUCUCGCUCGUUCAUCGAGCAGACCCAAGGACACUACGAAAGCUUGGCUGCCUCUUACGCCAGCAUGGUCCAACAGAACGAGCUCACUGGCUCAGAGUUUAUUCAAUGGGCUCUUGAUAAACAGGCCGAGGAGACGGUGCGCGCGGAGCAGUGCUUCGAACCUAGGGCGGUUGCGGAGGUCGUCGAUGUCUUCCAACAUGUUACAGGGGAGCUAGUCGCAGAUAAAGUGGUCCGGCAGGCAUUGGAUGAGUCAAUGUACCGCGCAGACACAGACGCAUUGAAUCGACUAUUUGUGUACUGCCAGCAGGCGAAGGCGUUGAAGAUCUUGACGAAGGCCGUCCACGAUCACAUCGAGACCAGGAUACGCACUGUUAUUGCAGACCCCGCCAACGACCGACAGAUGAUUGAGUCGGUGCUCAAGCUUAAACGCUUCGUGGACAAGGCGGUCGCCGACCUCUUCGAAGUUCCUGCCAAACUUAUCGACGCCACUGAAGCCGAGGAUGGCGACAUUGAUAUCGCAGACACACCUCACUUAAUCCAAAAACAGGAAGACCGAAUUAAGCAGUUGGAGAUGGAGGAAGCUGUGCGGUCUGGAUUCAAGGCCGGUCUGGGGACCCGAAAGAAUGCUCCAGCAGAGUGGAUUGCCAAGUAUCUGGACAUGACGAUGAGGAGGGGCCAGGGAUCAUCGUCAGAGCUCGAGUUCAACGUUCUCCUCGAUGAGAUUGUCGCUUUGAUUGGGUACACGCCCGAUCGAGACGUUUUCCGUGCCUUCUACACAAGCGGGCUCGCCAAGCGUCUCUUGUUAAACAAGAGCGCAAGCGAUGACAUGGAGCGCACCAUGAUCGUCAAGCUCCAGAAGGAAAUGGGCGACGAGUUUACAACCGGUGACAUCAUGCUGAAGGACCUCCAGCUAUCGGAGACACUUGUCAAGGCGUACCAGUCCGCGCGCGCCAAGGAUCCCAAUAGGUUCAAAGACGGCUCGGACUUUACAGCCAAUGUCCUCACCGAGUCCGCCUGGCCCACCUACCCGCUGCUGAAAGAUGGUUGGAACUUCAAGCUUACCCCCCAGCUGCAGUCGUCGAUUGAUACGUUCAGCGAGUGGUACACGACACAGCACAAGAACCGGGUGCUCUCGUGGCGCCAUCAGCUCGGAACCGUUACCCUCACUGCGCGCUUCGACAGUGGCAAGUACGAGGUUGGCGUCAGCCUCUUCCAGGCCAUUGUUUUGCUGCAGUUCAACGACGAAGAUGUCUUGGAUUUCACGGAACUGAAGAGUAGAACAGGCAUCGAGGCGUCCGAGCUCACUCGCACACUCCAGUCCCUCUCGCUUGGGCGAAAGGGCACACGCGUGCUCAUCAAGCGCCCGGCCGGCAAGGAAGUGGAGCCGACUGACAAAUUCGCGUUCAACAAGGCGUUCACCAGCGAGCGGAUGAAGUUCAAGAUCAACCAGAUCCAGCAGGACCUUUCGGCUGAGGAGUCGCGUCAGACAAACGAGCAAGUUGCGCUCGACCGCGUGUCUGUCCUUGAAGCGACCAUUGUUCGCAUUAUGAAGGGACGCAAGAAGCUCACGUUGCAACUGCUCAUCGACGCUGUGGUCAGUGACAUCUCCAAGCGUUUCCCGCCAGAUGUUAAGGAGAUCAAGAAACGGGUCGAGAGUCUGAUCGACCGAGAGUUCCUCAAGCGCGACGUCGAGGACAAGAAUGUGCUUCACUACCUCGCAUGAGCAAUUUGGUGAUGUUGAAUUCUAUAUGUGUAUGCUAUCAACUGGCUAUUAGGUCAUUAGAGUAGAUGUAUUAUGGAAAGAACGGAUGAAAUCCACGUCAUAUUGUU